UUCUGCUUUUUGUUUCCUCCUUUCUUGAAUAAUUAAGUCCACAGUUAUGCUCCUAUGUGUUUUACUCCACUUUUUGAAAGUCAAGCUUGAUUCUUCGAUGUGCUUUCAAAAUAAAACCAUACUAGAACUGUUCUUAAAAUGAUUGAAGUGAUGUUUAUCUAUCUUAUACUAUUAGCAUAUCUAAAUGUUAAUUUUGUGGUGGUGGAGGCUGUAUAAGCACAAGGAAUGUAACAACAUAUGUAGACCUCUUUAUGCGUUGAUAGGCACUAGUUUGAAAAACAAGUUUGUCUAAUUCAUCGAACUCAAAAUCAACUUAUUUUUUGAGUUUGAGUUUGAGUUUGCUGUGAGAAAAGGUUUGGAAUAAAAUAGCCUCAGCUCAGUGUUAGUGAUGAACUGUAUCAGUAGAUUGACAAGGAUGAGCAGCAGCAGCGGGAAGAAACACAUUCAAAUUGAUAUCACCUCCGACAGCGUGUGUCCAUGGUGUUAUGUGGGCAAGAAGAAUCUCGACAAAGCAAUUGCUUCCUCAAAUCAUAAAUACUCUUUUGAGAUGAAAUGGCAUCCUUUCUUGCUGGACCCUUCUGCGCCCAAGGAGGGCGUUGCUAAGAAGGAAAUUUUUGAGAAGAAGUUCGGCCCUCGAGCUCAACAAAUAACAGCUCGAAUGAAAGAGGUUUUUGAGGGUGUUGGCAUGGAUUACGACGUGUCUGGACUUACGGGAAGUAGUGUGGAGAGCCAUAGGUUAAUCUACUUUGCUGGAAAGCAAGGGCAAGAUAAGCAGCAUCAACUUGUUGAGGAGCUAUUCCAUGGUUACUUCACACAAGGGAGAUAUAUAGGUGACAGGGGUUUUCUUGUUGAAAGUGCUAAAAAAGUUGGAGUGGAAGGAGCAGAGGAGUUUCUUGCAAAUCCGAUCAACGGGAUGAAGGAGGUUAAUGAGGAACUCAGGAAGUUCUCAUCCAAUAUUAAUGGAGUCCCUCAUUAUGUGAUAAAUGGCAAGCACCAGUUAAGUGGAGGGCAGCCUCCUGAGGCCUUCCUAAGAGCAUUUCAGUCUGCUGCUAGCAAUUAGCGCCUCAUUUACUGUAAGAGGCGCAGACGAGAGACGUAUGCUGUGUCCACCAUUGUUGUUGUUGUAAUACCAGAACAGACCUUGUCUUUGUCUAGCGUCAGUUGAAUAGAGGAAUGUGUCGCUUGCUUCGCUGUACCAUAUUGUCAUAGUCUAUAUACAAUGAUGAAAUUAAGUGGUUAUAGGUGAACCAAUAUUUAAUCAUGCUUAUUUGCUUACUAGUAUACAACAAAAAUCAAUAUCAAAUGAGUAUAUAUUCACAUUUCAUAAUCAUAAAUCUUUUUAGUUUGCUAUCAA